UAAAAAACAGGUAUCCAAAGCCGUAGAUCUUAUUAAAAAUCAACGUUUUUUUCUUUCGUCCGAGAUAAAAUUUAUCUUUGAAUUUUGAUCUUUCUUUUGGUGCCCGAAAAACUGCCGUGUAGCAGUUAUUUGUGGUUACAAGUUCAUAAUUUUAGUUGUCUUGCGUUAUUAUUAGUUUAUUUGAUUUUGUUCUUGUGUUAUAUUUGCAGCACAGUUUAUUACAAAAUGUCUGUUUUAAUACACGAGAAAAUUUGGUUAGACAAGAAUAUCUACAAUGAUGCAGAAAAGGCUUAUUAUGAGAACUUGUCCAAAGUACAAGCAAGUCCUCAACUCUCACUAGCUUGCUCAUCUUUAGCCAGUGAAGUUGCAAAGGCUAGGCAGCAUAUUAAAAACUCUCUUGAAUGUAUGGACAGUGUAGCCACUUUGGCUGGUGUACCUAAUACAGAACUCAACAAUAAACUGAAUAGUCUGGAGAAGGAGAACAAGGACCUUAAAAAAGCUAUUGAUGAUUUGCGUAAUUUGGUCAUCAGUCUUAAGGCAAGAGUAGAUAUUCUAGAAUCAGCAGACAAGUCUAAAGUUUCAGCUAAAGAAAGUGCUCCAGCGGCCGCCCCAGCUGAGGCUAAAAAUGAUGAAGCCGAUGAUGAUGAUGAUGUGGAUCUAUUUGGAUCCGAUGAUGAAGCAGAAAGUGCUGAAGCUGCAAAAGUACGAGAGGAGCGGUUGGCUGCAUACAACGCAAAGAAAGCUAAAAAACCAGUUUUGAUCGCGAAAUCAAAUAUAAUUUUGGAUGUUAAGCCGUGGGACGACGAAACCGAUAUGGCGGCUUUGGAGCAAUCUGUUAGGACUAUCAGUACAGAUGGUCUAUUGUGGGGUGCUGCGAAACUAGUGCCUUUAGCAUACGGUAUCCACAAGCUGCAGAUUUCUUGUGUCGUUGAAGACGACAAGGUUUCUGUGGACUGGCUGACUGAAGAAAUUGAAAAAUUUGAGGACUUUGUACAAAGUGUUGAUAUUGCUGCAUUCAAUAAAGUUUAACAAACAAAGGAAUGCCAGUUAAUAUGUUAAAAUAAAUUGAUUCUAUAAA